UUCAAUAUCAGCAUGCAAUUGGAUGAUUUCUUUCUUUAUUAGUAGUAUAUACCAACUGGCUCUCGUCAAAAUAUUCACUCCAACAACUGCCUCACUCUCAAUAAAGAUCCCACUAAUAUCACUAUCUACACACAAAGAAACUAAACAUGGCAUAUUCCGGCGAUGAAUUUGAUGUGGUAGUGAUCGGUGGAGGCAUCAUGGGCAGUGCCACUGCCUAUGAGCUAGCCAAACGAGGUCAAAAAACGCUUGUGCUCGAACAAUUCGAUUUCUUGCACCACCGCGGCUCGUCCCACGGCGAGUCACGCACCAUCCGAGCCACCUAUCCGGAGGAUUAUUACUGCGCCAUGGCCAUAGAGUCUUACAAGCUUUGGGAGGAAGCUGAGUCGGAGAUGGGCUUCAAAGUUUAUUACAAAGCUCAGCAGUUCGAUAUGGGUCCUUCGGAUAACAAGAGUCUUCUUUCGGUCAUCUCUAGCUGCAGCAGAAAUUCACUUUCUUGUCAAAUUCUUGACAGUCAACAAGUGGCUGAGAAAUUUUCCGGUAGGAUUAACAUACCGGAGAAUUGGAUCGGGGUGUCGACUGAACUCGGUGGAAUAAUAAAACCCACAAAAGCUGUGGCUAUGUUUCAGUCACUUGCAAUCAGGAACGGUGCAAUUUUAAGAGAUAAUAUGGAGGUGAUUAGCAUGGACAGGGAUGGAGCGAAAGGUGGAUUAUGGGUGUUAACUGCUAAUGGUGAAAAGUUUUGGGGUCAAAAAUGUAUUAUUACAGCUGGAGCAUGGGCUAAAAAGUUGGUCAGAACAGUGAGCGGUGUUGAAUUGCCUAUAAAGGCGUUAGAAACUGCGGUGUGUUAUUGGAGGACAAAGGAAGGGCAUGAGAAGGAGUUUGGUUUAGGUGCGGAAUUUCCGACAUUCGCUAGCUACGGUCAGCCUUACAUAUACGGUACACCUACAUUGGAGUUUCCGGGAUUGAUAAAGAUUGCUGUGCACGGAGGAUGUGAGUGUGAUCCGGACAAAAGGCCGUGGGGAACUGUCUCUUCCAUGGAUUCUUUGAAGGAAUGGAUUCAAGAGAGAUUUUCCGGGAUAGUCGAUAAUGGUGCGCCGGUUGCUACUCAGUUGUGCAUGUAUUCAAUGACUCCAGAUGAAGAUUAUGUGAUAGAUUUUCUUGACGGGGAGUUUGGAAAAGACGUGGUGAUCGGAGGUGGAUUUUCCGGUCACGGGUUCAAGAUGGCUCCCAUUGUGGGUAGGAUUCUGGCGGAUCUUGCACUUCAUGGGGAGACAAAGGGAGUGGAUUUGAAGUAUUUUAGCAUACAAAGAUUCGAAGACAAUCCUCGAGGAAAUUUGAAAGACUAUGAAGAACAAGUAGGAUGUUCUUCCAAUCAUAAGUAGAUGAAAUAAUAUGUAUCUAUCAGAUUUUCAUUCAAAUAAAUCACUUUUAUUAUUACAUAAA